GUGGUUUAUUUCAGAAACAUUUCUUCUACACCACCAGAUCAACGUCGGAAUAACUCCCAUUAAGCUCUCUAUUCAAACAAGGUGUCUAAUCAUUCAGACAUUGCAAGGAUGUCUUCCAGCUCUGUUCGCUGGGACGACUGGCGGGGCGCCUCUCCCAUGCAGCAUCUCCUGCUUGCCUACAGACGGUCUGGCCACCGGGGCGAGGGCAGUAACCUAGAGCGGAGCUUAAGCCACGACGGUUCGAGGCGGGCGGGCUCCGCCGCGGAGCACGCCGGGAGUUGUAGUCCAGCACCGUGGCCUAGGUGGGGCGUCGGCGUGAGUCUGCGCGUGCGCACACCCCCUGCCGAGCAGCAUGGCGGACGUACAGUCGCAGCCCUGCAAGCGAAAGCGCGAAGCCGACGCCGAGGAGACGGAAGAGCCCAUCCGGGAGGAAAAGGAAGGCAGCGUGGGGAAUGGCACCUCCGGUCCCGUCCGGUUACCUUUUUCUGGCUUUCGGUUAAAAAAAGUGCUGAGGGAGUCGGCGCGGGACAAGAUCAUCUUCCUGCACGGGAAGGUGAAUGAGGCCUCUGGGGACGGGGACGGCGAGGACGCCAUCGUGAUCCUGGAGAAGACGCCGUUCCAGGUGGAGCAGGUGACGCAGGUCCUGACGGGCAGCCCUGAGCUACAGCUGCAGUUCUCCAACGACAUCUACAGCACCUACCACCUGUUUCCCCCUCGUCCGCUGACAGAUGUCAAGACGACCGUGGUUUACCCGGCCACCGAGAAGCACCUCCAGAAGUACCAGCGCCAGGACCUCCGGCUAGUCCGCGAGACAGGGGCUGACUACAGAAACGUCACCUUGCCACACCUGGAGACCCAGACCCUUAGCAUCCAGUGGGUGUACAACAUCCUGGACAAGAAGGCGGAGGCCGACCGCAUUAUCUUUGAGAACCCGGACCCUGUAGACGGCUUCGUCCUCAUCCCCGACCUCAAGUGGAACCAGCAGCAGCUCGAUGACCUCUACUUGAUCGCCAUCUGCCACCGCCGGGGCAUCAGGUCGCUGCGGGACCUCACGCCAGAGCACCUGCCGCUGCUCAGAAACAUCCUCCAGCAGGGCCAGGACGCCAUCCUGCAGCGCUACCAGGUCCCGGCCGAGCGCCUGCGCGUGUACCUGCACUACCUGCCCUCCUACUACCACCUGCACGUGCACUUCACGGCCCUGGGCUUUGAGGCGCCGGGCACGGUGGUGGAGCGCGCCCACCUUCUGGCUCAGGUGGUGGAGAACCUGGAGCAGGAGCCCACCUACUACCAGCAGCGCACCCUCACCUUCGCCCUCAGGGCUGACGACCCCCUGCUCCGGCUCCUGCACGAGGCCCACGGCGGCAGCUGAACGGUCCCUGGAGCCGGUGGGGAUCACGGGGAGUU